UCCGUAAGCUUCCGCUGUUUGACGGGGAAAACACGAUCAUACUUUCAUUUGAAAAAAAAAUGAUAAAAAUAACAAACAAUCAGUUAAAGUCCUGUAUAAUUAAUAAUGUUGACACGAUGAUGUCAGAAUAGUUAUGAUAUGCAAGUCCCGGAAAAUCGCUCGUGAGAUUUGCCACCAGUAUAGGAUCCACUUCUAUUUUUAUUAGCACCUGGCAACAUGUACACAGUGAAGUUAAAAGGCCUCUCUUAUACUUAACCCGACACAGUCGAAUCGAUAAGAUGGCGUUGAAAUAACACCGGAUUACUUAUCAAUUAGGAUGAUUCUACAAUACAUAAAAAAUGUCUACAUCACGUUUUCAGAUAGUGGACAUCAACACCCUAGGGUCAAGACAGGCUCUGCCCUGGCCAAAGCUGGACUCAGAAAGAUAGUUUUGAAGAGACUGAUGUCCUCCUUGAAGCGGACACCCACCCUUCCCCCAGGGACCAAACCAUUGGACAACCAAGUGGCAGGCCACCAAACAGCUGACGGCAAAAUAGGGUGUUUAGUGCAUGAGGAUGGGACUGUGUUAAAGCCUGUACAGGUCCCGCCAAAAGGACAGACAGAAGUGGAGUUUUACCAGGAAGUGUUUGGGGAGCAGGCCUCCACCGACAAAGUAUUGCUACAGCUACGUGAACUUGUGCCAAAAUUUCAUGGAAUAGUCCAUGCUCCCAAAGAACCAGAUGUGCGAUUUAUGAAACUGGAGAAUUUGCUACAGGACAUGAGACAACCCUGUGUUCUGGAUAUUAAGAUGGGGAGGAAAACUUAUGACCCCUUUGCCUCGAAAGAAAAAAUAGCCAUGGAGACAGCCAAAUUUCCCCCAGCUAAGAAUCUUGGAUAUCAAAUCUCUGGCAUGCUGACUUACAGUCCGAAAACAGGAAAGUUCCAGAAAUUUGACAAGUAUUUUUGCAAAAAGCUAAAUGAAGAAACUAUUGUAUUUGAAGGGUUUGGAAAAUUCUUUGCAAUCGAUGGGGUCCUUCAAAAGGAAGUGAUAAAGGCGGUGAUAGUGAGACUCGAGCGAAUCCUGGAAUGGUUCCACAAACAGAGGACAUUUAACUUCUUUGCCAGUUCUUUACUAGUUGUGUUUGAUGGUGACAUAUCCCCCUCUCCCUCCUCCCACCCCAAUUCUUCUUUGUCUUCCUCUGGUCUGGAUGCAGGGAACAUCACGCACAAUUGCUGCAAUGGCGAAACAGACUCCAUUAUAGAAAACGACUUCUCUGACUUGGUCUCCAGUGAUUCAGUAGAUGAGAAGAUGACCAAUCCGUCGGAUUCCCCUCAUCCAAAAGUUCAGGUGCGGAUGAUAGAUUUUGCUCAUGUCUAUCAUAUGACAGAGGAGGAUGAAAAUUAUAUUUUUGGAUUAAAACACCUAAUUGACGAUUUUCGUAGAUUGUUAAAAAGUUAAUGAAUAAUUAACAGCAUUCUUGAUCAUAUGCUAAUACCUAAUUUGAAUACUUAUAAAAACACUAUCUGAACAAACAAAAAAAACAACUCUCAAUUUCAAAUCUGUUAAUAGUUUGCUCUGAUAAUAAUAGCAAUUUUAACUCUGGAACCAAAAAAUUGUAGAACAAACCAACAGUAUUUACCAGUUUUGUAAAAGGGUGCAUUGUGAACAUAUAAUUUUGUUUUUAUAUACAAAUGUAUGAGUGUUAUAUGUGCGGAGAAGAAGGAGUGGGGGGUGGUAGAUUAACUUUAAAGGUGCAAGUUGAUCUAGUACCGGUUCUUUUUAUUUGAAUUUUGUACUCGGCUUUUUCCUCUGUGUUAUAGAUUACAAAUCUAGGUGCUGAAUAUAUAUGUCGUGUAUGAUCCCUCCCUCCCCUCCCUUCUACCAACUUUUUGUGUCGUAUUUUUACAAGUUGACCAAGUUUGGAAAAAUAAAUUGCAUGGAAUUCUUGGAAUUCACAUGCAUUUUCUCUGGUAAGAAUCAGGUGACUUGAAAUGUAAUUUCAAUGAACAAACCUUUCAAGUACAUGUAGUUUUAUAACGAUUGUGUACAGUACAUGGAAUAUUAAUAUAUUUUUUGAAGUACAAUUUUUAAUUUAAGGAAUGUGCCUUUUAUUCAUAGAAUUAAAAUCUUGUUCAGACUUUUUAAAUAUUGCUUCAUGUUAAUAUGUCAGUACCCUGUGUUAUGUUCUAUAGAUUUUCCGUUCCUUGAUCUCAAACCUUAUAUUAUACACUGCCCUUUUUAUUUCCUAUUUCUGUGCAUAUUAUGUCACGUAUAUUUUUUGGAAGAAUUGAUGCAGCGAUAUCUAUUACAAAAUUAAUGAACACCCCAUCAGACGCGAUUACAAAUUUUGAUUGUCAGAUCUUGACAAUUUAUUAAACAUCAGACGUUUUAAAAUGAAAAUAUUUCAAUUAAUUGUCGUGAUGGAAGUAAAAUCUUGGAGACUGACAAAUUUUAAAAAAGUUUUAUAGAUAUUUUGUCAAAUAAUAUCUCUCUUUAUGAAUGCAACAUAUGAUUGAUACAUUAGGUAUAUGUUUGAAAGAUGGUCUAAUGAACCAUCAACUUGCUUUUAUGUUGACUAUCAGCUUUGUAACACAUUUUUCUUGAUUUCAAUGAAUGCACAAACAAUCUGGUUGAAAAAUAACACACCAGGUGUGGACCAAUAUUACCCAUAAUCUACCAUCUUUUUGGACCAUCCUUAAUAAGAAAUAACUUCAGAAUACCAAUCUCAAAACAUACAGUGAUUUCUGUCCUGUGUCUAGGCAUAUUAAUUUCUAUCACUUUAUGUGUAUAAAUAAAUAUAUAUGGUAGACAUCAUCUUCUUCUCACUGGAAAUCAAAGACCUGAGUUUUAUUGAUCAUCAUUCAUGAAUGUAUGAGAUGUUACUGCAGUGGAAACAUACUCAUCCGGCUUAUUCUACUUUGGCUGGAAGGAACAUAUCAGAUAAGCAAGAGCAUUGACCUGGAAUCUUACUCAAGCUAGUUUGGCCAUCAAACUGUAUUACAACAAACACUAGCUCAAACAAACGAAUGAUUGUACACAGGGAUUUGCGUGCAGAUUUCCUCAUAAUCAGUGUAGAACCCUUACAACUAGUCAUUUAUCUAUAGUAGCUACUUCUUGUACCUUGUGCUUCAAAGUUAGAAUCUUGAAGAGAUCUGAGAGGUGGUCAACCUGCAAAACUGAUUACACCGUUAUCUGUUGUUUUGAGUUGCUGAUUGUUAUUGCUUGUUAUUCAAAAUUAUGUCACAAUAUAUUUUGAAUCUUUGGCAAUUAAUGCAGGCUUUGAUUUUGAGCUUAUAAAUGUUAAAUUAUAAACAUAAUAUACUUGUUGAAGUAAUGUUGUUAUAUUUACAGGUAGAAUGUAAUUUAAAAUGUAUAUUUUGAAUUGUUUUUGAAACUGCAUGUCAGUGCGUGAUAUCUCAGACCUGCAGAUUGAAUUUGUAGACGGCACGUCUGUUUGAUACAACUGGUAUUUGUAAACAAAUACAAGCUUUUUGACUGAAGAUUACAGUAAUCCAGAUUAGAUAUGGAUCCUAACAUUGGAUGAAUUUUUUUAGAAAAAAAAAAUUUACUUGUUGACCAUAGUAUAUGUACGGUACCUAUGUAGCAGAUCUGAUAUUAAAGGUGUUCAAAAAGUUGUUCUAGCAUGGUUAUGAGAUAUACAUGUGUAUACCCCUUUACAAUCAAGUUUGCAGGUGUGUGUACAUGUAUGUGUGGGAUAAGGUAAAAUGAUAUUUUUACUUUCAAAAAAAGAAACUAGAUUGCUUCCUGGUGCUCUUUUUAGCUAUUUAAGAAAACAAGAUAUUUCUCUCAGUUCUAUAUAGUUCUAGUUGGAAAUGCAGCAAUAAUUUUAACAUGUUUUUUUGUGUUUGAAAGAUUGCUGCUAGAGUGCAUGGUAUGAGAGACAAAAAAUCUAAGAAAUGAUUUAAUUUACACCUUUAAUAUCAGAAUUUUGUAAAUGUUAGCAAAACAAAACCGUUUUGUAUAUGAAUUAGAAGACUACCAGUUUUUAACAAGUUAAUAAAAAUAAUUUAAAAAAUGAAA